GGCUUUGGGUGGUGGUGGCGGUGACGCAGGGGUUGGUCCAUCACCAUGGCGGCGGAGGGCAAGCCCAAGGCUCGCAUCCGGAGGCCGGUGCUGCUCAGCCGGAUCGAGGGCUCCCAGGACGUGGUGAACAUGGCCGCCAUCAUCCCCAAAGAGGAUGGAGUGAUCAGCGUCAGCGAGGACAGAACAAUUCGCGUAUGGAUUAAGAGGGACAGCGGUCAGUACUGGCCAAGCGUUUACCACUCAAUGCCAUCUGCAUGUUCAAGCAUGUCCUUCAAUCCAGAAACAAGGCGGCUUUCAGUAGGACUGGACAGUGGUACAGUCUCAGAGUUUAUUUUGUCAGAGGACUACAACAAAAUGACUUCUGCAAAGAGCUACCUCGCUCAUCAAAACCGAGUGACAAUGGUCCUAUUUAUUUUGGAGAUGGAAUGGGUGCUGAGCACAGGACAGGACAAAAGCUUCACGUGGCAUUGUUCAGAGAGUGGUCGAAGGUUAGGCACCCACAGAACCUCUGCUUGUGCCUCAUGUCUGCAAUUUGAUAUUGAAACACGACAUGCUUUUGUUGGAGAUUAUUCUGGGCAGGUGACUAUUUUGAAGCUUGAACAAGACAAUUGUUCUGUUGUUACAACAUUCAAAGGACACAGUGGCAGCAUCACUGCACUUUGUUGGGAUCCAGUUCAACGGACAUUAUUCUCGGGUAGCUCCGAUCAUUCCAUUAUAAUGUGGGAUAUAGGAGGAAGAAAGGGAACUGCUAUUGAACUACAAGGCCACAAUGACAAAGUUCAAUCCCUUUGUUAUGCACAUCAUACUCGGCAGCUGAUCUCUUGUGGUGCAGAUGGUGGGAUUGUUGUGUGGAACAUGGAUGUAAAGAGGCAAGAGACUCCUGAUUGGUUAGAUAGUGAUUCCUGCCAGAAAUGUGACCAGCCUUUCUUCUGGAACUUCAAACAAAUGUGGGACAGUAAGAAAAUUGGCUUGAGACAGCACCAUUGCAGAAAAUGUGGGAAAGCUCUGUGUGGGAAGUGCAGCUCAAAGCGAUCCUCCAUUCCAUUGAUGGGAUUUGAGUUUGAAGUAAGGGUCUGUGACAGCUGCUUUGAAUCAAUAACAGAUGAAGAUCGAGCACCGACAGCGACUUUCCAUGACAGUAAGCACCAUGUGGUUCAUAUGCAUUAUGAUGUAACCAGAGGCUGGCUUUUGACAUCCGGAAAUGACCGGGUUAUCAAGCUCUGGGAUAUGACUCCUGUGGUGUCAUGACAUGCUCUUGAUGAUCUUACAAAGGGAUUCUGUCAAACAGGCUAGUCUACACAUGGAGGAUCAGUCUGCAGUGGUCAUACAGUGUGAUCACAUCAAUGAGGAACAAAGGAAUUUUACAUUUUUUGAAGCAACCUUCCAAACCCUGAGCAGUUUAUGACUAGCCUAAAGUGCAAUGAUUCCAGAAAAAAACUUGGCUGUGAAAAAUGAAGUACGGUUUUCCAAAGGGUGGUUUGUGCAGUUGAGGUGUUUGUGUAAUUUUGCUGGAAUUUAUUUGAUGGUGUGAAACAACUUCUGUGAACUGUGUUUUCUUAAAUGCAGUGUUAAGUUCUGUUCAUGUUAUUUUUGUUUGUAUUUCAAUUUUAUUUGUAACUUACUUGUUAACCAAACUUCAUCCUUGAGGGCAAAUCCUGUUUUGGUCAUGUUAUUAACAAUAACUUUAUUGCUGUGCAGGUUUACAUAAAAUUAUUUCUCAUUAUGAACGGGAAAUAAUUUAUACUGAUAACUUGGAUCUUUUUUCCACAGCAGAAGAGAAAUCAUUUCUGAAAACAGAAUUGUGGUAAAGGAAGUGAUAAAGGUUAAAUUGUCUUGGACACUCAUUUUCUCUGUCUCAAACAGUGAAAAUUCCGUACUAAAAGCAUUCCAAGUUUUCUCCAGUGAUUUUAAAGUUAAUCCAACUUCCUACAGCUGCAGAAAUAGGUUCAGAAGACCAGUUCUUUUCUCUAACUUAAGGUGUAAAUGAUUAGUAAAUACAGGUAUAGCUCACAAGAUGUGGAAUGGAACUCUGGUCUGUCAGACGAAUAGUGGUUCCAAACAAAUUAACGCAACAUAUAGUCAGCAAUGUUAACUACAACUGACUCAAACCUUGUUUUCAAGACUGUUUUACCGAGAAUACGAUUUUGAUACUCAAAAAAAACUAAAAUGUUUUCCUUGCCUCCGGAUUUUAUAAUCCUUAUUAUUCCUUCCUUUUUUUAUCCCAUUGCCUCCUUUGAAAAAGGAAAGGCAAUAAUUGAGGAUCAGUGAGUGCUUUUUACAGCUAUGCUCCUUGUUUUCUGGGUUGAUGCAUUCUUUCUUUUGGCUUCUGCUUUUCUUUACAAUAUACUGAUGAAUUAACCUAACCCAUUCUAAUCAGAAUGCAUGCCGUCGUCUGGUGAUCUGGCUAAACCCACUCUGUUGAUGAGUGUUAUAGUCUUGUAAUACAUUUCAAUGAUCCAGCUAGACCUAUUCUGAUCAGUAAUGCAUGUACUGUAAUGACCAAUGUGGAAUUUGAAACUUCUGUUGUUAGUUAAAUGGGCUUGUUUUACUCCUUGUCUUUUCAAAUUACAGUACAUUUCUUACUUCAGAAAAUAUAGUGGAAAUUCUAACCACUUUCCUUAGUUUCUCAUUGACUUCUUUCACCUCAUUUCCAUGUUGUUGCAAUUCUUGGUGCUGACCCAGACACUGGCUGUCUCGGUUGUUUGUUGAUGUAGCAUGUGAGCCAAUGUAGGGGUUCUUGCCUCCAGUUCUGAGUCAUAGGCAUUUGAACACAUAUAAGCUGUGCAGCUGCUUGAUCCACACUGAAGCUGUUGACUCCAUUCCUAUUCCCUUCGUUUAUUCUUCAACUCUGCAUUUUGUUUUGGGUUCACUUUUUUUCUUUGAGUGGUGUAUUUUCAAGUGUAAAUGUGAUCAGCCAGUCUUGAUUGCAGAGAUCCUCAUCCACCACUGAGCUGACUCAGUGGACAUUUUGAAGAGCGAAAGACUCUCAUUACGUUAGUACCUUUUAUAUGCUCAACAUUCCACUGUGAUUCACAACUAAAUUAGUUACUGUUGUUACAUUGACACAAAUGGCAGAUGGAUUACACACGGUAUCAAUAGCAACUAUUUCACAAUGAUAGACCCUGUGUAAGGGACUGGAUAGCUCAGAUUGGCCUGGCCAUUGUUACUUAUUGUCAUUUUUGCCACUUAUAUUUUUUCAUCUUUAGAAGACAUCAUGUCCAUGCUUGUGAGUCUUCAUCAAUUAUGUACAAUGCACAUUAAAGCAAAACGGUUUUACUCAAA